AUGUCGCAUCCUCCACAUCAUCAUUCCACCCCUCGUCCAAUCGACAGCCAAGCCAACAACAUCAAAAUCACUCCUCCCAACCAACAAUCCCUACCCGCCUCAAUCCACGCUCUCCGUGGCGGUCAACUAACUCUCGACACCUUCUCGCCCGUCAACCAAAAUGGCAGUUUCGAAUUCGACCGCAUCAUCAAGUCCGGCCAAGUCUCGAAACGAACCCGCAAAACAAAGUCAUGGAAACCUAUAUACAUUGUCCUGAGGCCCAAUCUCCUUUCCAUCUAUCGUGACAAGGCCGAAACAAAACUCCGUCACCAAAUAUCUCUCUCCGACCUGACUGCCAUUGCUCGACAAAAGGAUCCCAAGGCAAAAGCCAAGCAUGUCUUUGCCCUCUUCUCCCCUUCGCGGAACUACCACCUGGAGGCCGCCUCGGACCAGGACGCUCAAGACUGGGUCCAGCUCAUCAGACGCGAGGCUCGCAUUGAUCAGAAUGAAGAAGAGAUGGUCUUGUCAAGUCCUGGCGGUGCAAAAUCCACCUACCGUGGCUUCGAGAGGCACACCCACCCCUCGGUCAACCAGGACAUCCCUCAGGGUUACAGUUCCUCGGAAGCAGAAACCCCUGUCUACAACCCUCCGACACGUCGACCCAAACAAGCUUUGCACAGCAAACGCAGACCUUCGCACACGCUCGACUACUCAGGCCCUGAAAACGCUUCCUACUCUGACUUUUCAGACUCUCAAAUUCCUUCGGCUCGCAUGUCAUCCUUGUCCCUCACUCUGGCGGAAAAUCAAUCACAACAAAUGCCUCCACCGGCUGUGAAACAAGACGAGGAGAGAGUCAUCUGCCAGGGAUGGAUCUACAUGCUCAAAUCAAAGUCGGGAGUGCGACAAUGGAAAAAGUCAUGGAUGGUAUUGAGGCCCAAAUCGUUGACCUUGUACAAAAACGAAGAAGAGUACGCAGCAGUUCUUCUGGUGCCAUUCCACAACAUCAUCGACGCGGUUGAAAUCAAUCCCAUCAGCAGAAGCAAGAAAUUCUGCCUGCAGCUGAUUACCGAAGAGCGCAACUAUCGGAUGUGUGCCCCCGAUGAUGAUGGGCUGGCUCGGUGGUUGGGAGCGGUGAAGAGCCUGCUAGUCAAGAGAAAAGAAAUGGCUGGGGGCAUACAGCGAGCAGGGACAGGAGCAAGCCAAGUCUUGUGA